AUGGAUCCAGAAAGCAAGGAUUCCACCGAUGUUGAAUUGACAACUGAUAGAUUUGAUGACUUAGAUAUAGAUGAGAAAACCAAGAAGGUUUUAAGGUCCAAGGGAUACGUGUAUUUAACUAAAGUACAAAGCAAGGUACUUCCUCUCGCCCUGUCAGGAAAAAACUUGGUGAUUCAGUCUCCAACCGGCUCUGGAAAAACUCUGUGUUUUUUAUUGCCCGCUGUGAAGCAUUUGUUUGACGAUGGCUACAGUGGCAAUUUGCCAAUCGACGCCAACCUUUUGGGGUGUAUUUGCCUGGCCCCUACGAGGGAGCUGGCGAGUCAAAUAGCGCUGCAGAUGAAGGACCUCGCGGCGCCACUUAAGCUGAAUUCCGGAUGCUGCAUCGGAGGAGUGAGGGACAAGUACGAUAAGAAAACGGCAAACAGACUGCACAUACUGACGGGAACGCCCGGGAGAAUUCUUGCGCUUUUGAGCAGUCAGUCGCUGCCGGACACUUACAACAUUAAGAUGCUGAGUAAGUUAACCUGCGUCCUGGAUGAAGCCGACAGGCUAAUCGACAUAGGAUUUAGAAACGACAUAAUCAGCAUCGUCGACUUCCUGCCGAAGGACUUGCACUUCAUGUUCUUCAGCGCGACCAUUAAGUCGUCGCUCAAGGAGCUCUGCAACCUGCUGCUCAAGGACGUGAGCUAUGAGCUGGUGUGUCUCGGGGCGGACGUCGACGCGGUGUCCGAGUCGAAGCUUAGGCAGGAGUUCUUGUGCAUCCCCCCCAAGUUUAAGCUCACUGCGCUCUUCUGCCUGCUCUCCAAGCACCAGAACAAGCGCAUCAUCGUUUUCCUCUCCACGUGUAAGCUUGUGCGUUUCAUGUACGAGGCCUUCAAGAGGAUGAUCCCGGCGAUACCGAUGACUGAGCUCCACGGGAAGCAGAGUCAGAACAAGCGGCUGACGCAGUUCACGCGCUUCGCGGCGAAGCAGAACCACGGCUGCAUCUUCACGACUGACCUUGCGGCGCGCGGCAUCGACUUCCCGUCGGUCGACCUGGUCAUUCAGUUCGACCUCCCGGACUCAGUUUCAACCUACACGCACCGCGUGGGAAGGACGGGACGACUGUCGGUUCAGGGCUUUCGGAACUACGGCCGCACGGUGCUUCUGGUAAGCGAGGCGGAACGCGAGUUUAUCGCACAGGUCAAGUCAAACGGGAUCACCGUCCACGACCUGACGAAGCUGUCCACUCCCCUGAUUCAGAGGAGGGAGGACUACGUCACGAGAAAGUUCCAAGCUAUUCUGGCCAAGGAGGCCUGGAUAAAGGAGAUGGCCCAGAGGUCGCUGGUGGCGCACCUGCGCUACGUUACUACCCGAGGCUGCGUAAGGCUGAAUAGCAGGGACAUCAUCAACGAGAUUAACGAGUUGUCGCUGUCCAUGGGCCUCCCUUACAGCCCUAACAUCCAGCUGGUGGACGCCGACGCCCCUAAUCCUCCCCCCAAAAAGAGCAAACUGAGCAAGCUCAAGGAGAAACUCAAGUUUAAAAGGUCAUUAAAGCUUAAAGACGAGUCAAGCAGAAUGCCCGCCUCCGAUAACCACGUACCCCGACUGGUGGAACUGGACGGAGAAACCCUGGGCCAUGGCCAAUCGGAUGACGACAACAGUGUUGUUGAUGACAAUGAUAAUUCCCUCAAAUCGGAUGUUGAUGACUCUGGUAGCGAUAACACGUCUGAUGACGACCAAGAUAACCAAUCUCAUGACAAUGACCAAGAUGACCAAUCCGACAAUGAGGGCUAUAACAGGUCUGACGAUGACCAUGAUCGCCAAUCUCAUGACGUUGACGACGGCCAAGACGAAGACGACAUUCUGUUUCUUAGUAAGACUGACGCCGACACCGACAUUGCGAUGCACGCAAACCUAUCUAGGGACCCGGACAGGGACCUCAAGAAGAAGCUCUCCAUUUCCAGGAGUAAGCUGCGGCUAAACCGACGUGGAGUUGCGAAGCUGCGCGGCGUCGUGACUCUGAAGGAGGCUGAGCAGAACCACAAGUUCUUCUCAGACGACGAAUUCUCCGAGGCCGAAGUUGAGAAGACCCAGUACAUAUCGAAGCUCCAGGAGGACCGGAGGGAGCGCGACCCUCUGGACAAGGCCGAGUACUGCCAAAUAAGGAGGGAGCGCAAAAGGUCCAAAAAGCUCCGCUAA